AUGGAAGAAUUGGAUUGGAUACGGAAGGGAAUCUUAACUUACACUGUGUCAAUAUCGAUUGUUCUCAGUAUUUUCAUCAAAACGAUGAUCGGAAGUUUAAGAAUCGGAAGAGCUGGCAUCUGGAAAAGCGGAGUUACCGAGAAUGGGCAAAUGAGUGAACGGACUGCAAAUACUGAGAAAAUCAAUAUGUGCACAAGACCCUCUAUGCCAGCUCUUCCGAUUCUUAAACUCCCGAUGCUCGUUUUGAAGAAAAUUCUGAGAUCAAUCGAUUUUGACACAGUAUACCCCAUCUCAUUAUGUUCCCGUAAAAUGUUUCACCUCGUUAAGAAUUUUAGAGACAAGACAGGGCCCCUAUACUUUACAGUAGAUGGAGAAGAAGGUUCACAUAUAACAGUGGGGACAACGAAUUAUGGCUUCAUCGUGUGCGUAUCUCCAAUGGCUAAAAAGUCUAAAACUGCUAAAUCAGUGAAUAUCAAUGGUCGCCUGGUACCUAUCGAUCGUGCAAAAGAGGAAGGCGACUGGAACACUUAUUGGAAUGAUGAGAUUCAAGGGAUUCCAACGGUUUAUGAGUACCUGUCGGAGUUAUUAGAAUACAAAUGUGCACCGGAAGUCGUCGUGUCCCGGAACACCCUCUGGUUGUUAAGUUAUAUUGAGAAGAGACAAGGGGAUAACUAUCAUUUGGUUAUUGGAGACAUAGGCGAAGAAGAGGAAGUCUGUCAUUUCAUAUUUUAUCUCGAAAGUUCUUAA